GCAAAAUAUAUGGUUUAUUGCACCAACUAUUUUUAAAACAGUUUUUAUUUCUGCAAAGAUUUUAUUUUAAUGUUUUACUUAGUUAUCGACUAAAGACUGAACUGAAACAAGCCGUUUUCUUGUAAUGUCCAGACCGGUGUCCAGGCUUCUGAUCAUGUUACGGCAAUUGUUCCCGCCAAAAUUGUAAAAGCGCGCGUUUCAAAACAGACGGACAACGCGAGCGAACGAAAAAUACAGACCAACCAGAAAUUAUUUCUUAGAAAUGCAGUCUUAAAUUACUUGAAUUCAAAGCCUUCCCGGCAAGAAUUAAGUGUACAGAAUGUAUAAAAACCGAAUUUUUGGCACUCCACCUGAACCUGUCUUCAACAUGAAGUCGGCUUGUUUACCACCAGAUUUGUUAGAAGAAGCAUUGUAUGUUCUUGCUGCUGAAAACGAGAAAAGCAUGAACGAUGCCAAUGGAAUGCAAGGCUUUUUCAAAGGAGGAAGACCAGCAGAAUAUGUUUUUCUCUUGUGUGAAGAAAUGGGCCUGCCAGCACAAACACGCUUUCUGGCACUUGAAAUUUUUGACAGGUUUAUGGCAAAGCACAUCUGUGAUCUUUAUGAACUAAUACGUUCAAAUUCAGAGACAAACCUGCAGAGGAACUGGAAAGAGGUGGAAAACAGAAUUAAAACACAGCUACCUCUUAGAGUCAUGUCCUGUGUACAGCUUGCAAGCAAGCUAACUUCACAUUAUAAGGUAAAAUCCAGUGCGUGUUUAAACCAGAAACAGCUAUAAAGAAAUUUUAAAUAAGCCUAU